CAGUUCCACUCAGCUGAACUCACAUCUCCUUGAAACAUGACCUACUGCUGCUCCUCCAGAAACUUCUCCUCCCGCUCCUUUGGGGGCUACCUGGAGUACCCACGCUCCUCCUGUGGCUCUUCCUACCCCAGCAACCUGGUCUACAGCACUGAUCUCCAGUCUCCCAUCAACUACCAGCUGGGCUCCUCUCUCUACAGUGGCUGUCAGGAGAACUUCUAUGAGCCCAGCAGCUGCCAGAGGUCCUGUGUGGUGUCCAGCCCCUGCCAGACGUCCUGCUACCGCCCCAGGCCCUCCACGUUCUGCAGUCCCUGCCAGACGACUUACUCUGGAUCUCUGGGCUUUGGGUCCAGCAGCUGCCGCUCCCUGGGCUACGGGUCAAGGAGUUGCUACUCCUCAGGCUGUGGCUCCAGUGGCUUCAGGCCCCUGGGUUACGGAGUCCGUGCCUUCCCUUCCUUUGGUUAUGGGUCUGGAUUCUGCAGGCCAUCCUACUCAGUUACUAGGAGCUGCCAAUCUCCCUGCUACAGACCAACCUAUGGAUCAGGCUUUUGGAGAUCAACUUGCUGAAUUCCAGAAUUUUUAAGCAACAUGUCUUAGUGUCUGCUUAGAGCUACUAUUGUGAGCAACCCUCUCUGUAUCCUUCCUCUGGUAUAAAGCACUGGCUGACAGACUAGAUCUUCCAAACUAUGAAAUUAAUGAAUAGAGUCAAAUAUCUGUCAUUUUCAAAAUAAGUGAUCAUUAAUGCUUAACUUCUUCUUAUGAAAUAUAUAUUUGAGCUAAUAAACUCAUUCU